AUGCGGCGAGUGCAGCAGCAGGAGGCUCAUUACGACAUAUGCUCCACUCAGCGAGGCCUCAUUCAUCUGUCACAGUCUGCAGUGCACCGUCACCCUCUGCUUUACGGCCUGCUGCAGCCGGGACACUGGGAAAACACCUUCAUUCACUGGAAAUUAAGCUCGUGUUGGAGGUCACUGCAAAAGUCACCACUGCCCACUGCAAAAAGUGAUAAAAUUAGGGUCAACGAGCUGCAGGGAGAAGGCCACUGCGCUGUCAUCCACCAACACGAGGCGCUGGAACCAGGCCCAGUGUCGUGGACCUCCAAACAGCCGGCCCCGGGGACGGCAGACAGGGCAAACGGGGCUCAGUGUCACAUCUGA